CAUAAAAAAAAAAAAAAAAAAAAAAAGACGAAAAGUUUCGUACAGCUCCGUGGUCGUUUUGUUGGCGAGCAUGGCCGGCGGUUCGGUGUCGGAGUGCAAGGAGUACUUGUUCAAGGUGCUGGUGAUCGGGGAGCUCGGCGUGGGGAAGACGAGCAUCAUCAAGCGCUACGUGCACCAGCUCUUCUCGCAGCACUACCGGGCCACCAUCGGCGUCGACUUCGCCCUCAAAGUCCUCAACUGGGACAGCAAGACGCUCGUCCGCCUGCAGCUAUGGGACAUCGCAGGUCAGGAACGCUUCGGGAACAUGACGCGGGUGUACUACAAGGAAGCGGUGGGGGCCUUCGUGGUGUUCGACGUGACCAGGGGGUCCACCUUUGAGGCCGUGUCCAAGUGGAAGCACGACCUGGACAGCAAGGUGAAGCUGGCCAACGGAAGUCCCAUCCCCUCGGUGCUACUGGCCAACAAGUGCGACCAGAACAAUGAGGGCUACAACAACAUGACGCUCAUGGACAACUUCUGCAAGGAAAUGGGCUUCCUGGGCUGGUUCGAGACAUCCGCUAAGGACAACGUCAAUGUGGACAAGGCGGCCAAAUUCCUGGUGGAGAACAUCUUGGCCAACGACAAGGGCUUGCCGCACGAGGAGAGCAACGGAGACCGCAUCAAACUGGACCAGGACACCGUGGCGGCGGAGAGCAAGCCGGGCUGCUGCUAACGCUCAAUACGUGCACACUAACAGUCUCGCGCGCACACGCCCCUUUUAAGUGCAAGCCCGAGUGGGAAAAUGUUUCGUGAAAGCUCCAGGAGGACUGAGGCUUGUUUGACCUGCAGUUUUAUCUUUUUUAAAUUCUUAAAUAGUAUCUUUCCCUCGAGCAAAAUGUUAUCUUGAUGGCCUCCAAAAUAGCUUCAGUCUCUGUCCAUCACCCUCAAAACGCUCCGUAUCUGUUUUCUCGACUCUUUUCCUCGCCACUAACAAUUAACCGCAGCCCCUAAAUACUUGAAGCUGGCUCGUCGGCCCUGGACUUUAUCUGACGACAAGGGCUGGGGCUUAUUUUUCCAUUUUUAUGAUGACAACGAUUGAGUUGGAGAACUUGCAGAGUGCUUUUUUUUUGUGUUUGUGUGUAUCAGACACCUUUGAGUGUUUUCCACCCUGUUUGCUGUAAAGCUGCCCGACCCUUUUUUUUUAAAAGGUAUUUUAAAGCGCUCUCAUUUGUUGCUCUAUAUUCAAUUUGACUCCUGCGUCACACAGUUACGUAUUAACAUUGUUAUUGUUUUGUUUUUAUAGCUGUAAAAGUGAUACAUGCAGCAGUUCUGACAUAUUUUGCUGUACUUCCUCAAAUAAAUGUCUCUCCCUGACUGCUAUUUGAGGAAAUACAGAUGUAAAAACAUUUCUGUAAUACACAUAAUUUUGAACACUUUAAGCACUCUAUUUUUAUUUUAAGGUUGGAGCGAAGCUAAGGAUGUAGCUGAUUUUUGGUCCGUCUUAAAAAAUGUGUCACACUCAUGCAUUAUUUAAUGCCUGAGAUUAAAAAAAAAAUACUCUCCUUGUUAGGUUUAAAUGUGAAAAUAUUGUGAAGAGAAUAAAUAUUUUAACUGCUGUACAUUGAUUGCAUGUUCUCGUGCUGUCUAGAUUAAAUUGUAUUUAUCUUGUG